AUGGGUAGUGCCGUUCUAAUUGAUGAUGAUGACAUUUGUGAUGAGACAGGUCUCGUAAAUUUGCGACGCUUUACGGGUGUGACGGUGGUAAGUGAGAAUUGGCGACUGUGUCGUAAGGGAGGUAGCGUGAGUGCCCGUGGGGUUACUGGGGCGGAUUCGGCUGAAAAGUUUGUAGUGACACUGCUUGAUAGUGUAGUUUCUUCCAUCGUCACUUGUUGUCGAGUGAGUAAAACGAGAGAUGAAGAAGAUAAGGAGUUGAUAGCUGCGUACUGUUCACGGAUGCAAGAGCCAGGAGAGGACAAGGGGAUCGACAUUUGCCGGUUUAUGCUGCAACAAGUGUCUGUUCGACGGCAGGAGUGUAAAGCUAAGCUUGUGUUGCCAAACGAACUUAUGGCUUGCUUCCAAGCGCUUCGAGCCCACACUUCCGAAAAGAUUGGGUAG